CGGGUGGUCUGGGAGAGCACGCACCUGCCCCAACAACUUAGCUGGAGCUAUCUGUAGGUUGCAGGGCAUGCGAGCGUUCUGCGGAUAAACCCUGGAGCGACUUGUCAAGCUUUCCCUCUCCAGCUAGCUUUCUUCCUUGUAAUUUUGUAAGUGCAUGAGAAUUUAACCAGGGGCUCACCUAGAUGUUGGAAUUGCGAACUCAGUUUGGCUGAUAUCACAGCUUGCAAGGGUCCGUUGUCACCCCACUGAGGAAGAGACCAUAAGGGAAUCUGGACAGUGUGACUAUAACUUAAGCAGGGAAGAAAAAAUGGAAAUGGAACUGCUUGCAGUCUGGGCUGCCUGGGGACACACUGAAACUCCCCUUCUCACCUUCUCCCUCGCCCUUCACCUUCCACCUCAUCGUUGGAGGUCUUCAGUUGGAUACACUUUGAAUCCGUUAGGGAAUCCUGUAGAGGAGGUUUCUGCUCUAGAAACAAGCGGAUUAGAUGCCCUCGGUACAUCUUUCCAACGCAGGGAUUACAGGAUUCUGAAUUCCAGCUCGACGCAGCCAAUUUAAUGAAAUUGACCAUUCAAUGUGUUUUGCUGGGACCUCUGUAGCACAGUGCCUGGCAUAUAGUAAGCACUUUUUAAAAAAUGCUUGUUUUCUUCCUUCUUAGAGUGAAUAGAAAAGGUGUCUCCCAUGAAAUGAGUGACCCAUAUUUAGUGCAAAGGAUCAGUAUCAAAUUUUGUGUGAUGAAAUCAGCAAGUAAGGCCCUCAACAUGUCAAAAGAAGCUUAUGGGAAUGAAGUCAUGUCAAGAGCAAGGAUUUUUGACUGGCUUCAAAGGUUUAAAGGAGGUAGGGAAGAUGUUGGGGAUGAUGCAAGAAGUGAUCGUCCUAUCACUCACAGGACCAAAGAAAAUAUUGAAAAAGUCAGAGAUUAUUCAGAUUGCUGCUUCACUGUGAGAACAAUGGCUGAAGAGUUGCAGUGGGAUAAGGAAACGGUCAGACUCAUUCUGAAAGAAAACUUAAGGAUGAAGAAAGUGUCUGUAAAGAUUGUGCCAGACUUUUUGAGGGAUUAAGAAAAGCAGCAAAAGCCUGAUGUUUCUUCUGAGGGCUCAGGGGAAGCUGAACUAAAUGAUGCAUCGUCGAGAAAGAAGGUCUGCACGGUCAAUAAAUUUUGAACUACAAGUGAUUCUUUCCCCCAUCUUUCAUGAUUUUAUGUGACUUAAGGGAAUGAAAGCAUAACAUCCUGCUUCCCCAUAAGCUCUCUGGCAGCAAUGUUGGCACCAAUUAAAGCCGAGUCUGUGUAAUUAAUCAAAACCCAUUUGGAAACACUAGUGAUUGGCUGGUCUGUGGUGCUGCCUGCUGCACACACAGUAGUUCUUCUGAUCAGUCGAGGAGACAGGCACAUAUGA